CCGAGAAAAAAGUAGAGAAAAAUCCCCUGUCUUAAAUUGGGAGAAUCGACCGAAACAUCAGAAGAAGAUAACUUCCUACAACGAUAAAAACAUAGGCCUCUGCAGCAAAAUCAACUCAGGAAGGAUGAAGAAAUGUUCAAAAAAUCAACUAAAUGGAAACAAAAAGUCUGCUCUGCAACUUGAAAACAAAAAAGGAACUCAACUAAAAUCGCUGCUCUUCUACAAAGUGUUUGACUGGAUUGUAAUAAAACCCCUUUUAACAUUUAUUGCUAACUAUCCAAAUUUCACCUCACUUUGUUUUCCGUCUAUUUACCAAAAAUUUUUCUGUACUCAUGUAAAACAACCCAUAACCCUUUCUUUUUCAACGUAA